GAGAGAGGAAAUCUCCGUGGAAGGAGAGAGACUGAUUAAUUGCAAAAUUUCAUGAGGAAAGAACACAAAAUAACUUACAGUCAAACCGUCUGAGUUUCGAUGUUCCGUCCGGCGGCUCGAAACCGCAAUACCUAGGGUUAGGGUUUUCUUUUGCCGACUGCGUAGCAUUCUCUCUUUGUCAAAUUAAUGGCAACGAUCGACGCAAUGGCAGCCCGCCUGGCCUCCUCCCUAGCCCUAGCUGAUGGGAAGAAACCGGUGGAUCUGCGCCCAUCCAAAGGGUUGAGACAACCUGAAGCUUUCAUGAUUAGCAAGUUACUUAUGGCGAGGGAAUACUCUCGCAGAUUGUUCCUGGGAAUGUUCCGAGCUGCAUGGAGGAUUAAUGGAUUAAUACUCCAGGUGGAGGAGGUCGGAGAAGAUGACAGGGUUUUGUUCUCCUUCACAGACCCAAACGACGCUGAUCGCGUUUGGAAAGGCGGACCAUGGGGCUAUAACAGAGCUCCGAUAGCCCUUGCACCGUACAACUGUGUCAGCCCGGCGGUGGAUGUACUCCUCACGAAGUCAUCAUAUUGGAUGACUCUGCAAGGAAUACCACCUGCAUUCAUAUCCAAGUGCAUCAUGCGCCUCAUUGGCAGCAUGCUCGGUGACUUUAAAGAAAUUGAUCGUCCAGGGUUCCGGAAUCGGGUCAUGCGCAUCCGGGUUGAGAUUGAUUAUGUGAAGCCUCUGUUAUUUCAUCGUAGGUUCUGGGUUGAAGACGAAGUCCAGUUCAUAGUGCAGUUCAGGUACGACAAGAUCUUCGGUCGAUGAGGCACAUGUGGAUUGGUUACGCAUGUUGGCCUCCCCUGCUCUGGGCCAGAAUUAGUUGAAGACAAUGAUACACCAGUAGGGGCAGAAGCACCACCCAUAGCCUUGGCAGUCUUGCGGGAACAACCGGUACCAAACCCUAAUUUUCAAAGUUCAAGUGCCAAGGAGUAUACCAGAAGCUCUCUUCCCUCAGUCGGUGAUGAACAUGCGACGCCAAAAGAGGCAAAUACAAAUCCGGGAACUGCCUGAACGGAGACAAAAUGGAAAUCCAAUUACCGGGCUGUGUAGAACUAGAGAAGAUGAUGAGGUAACAAUCUCUCCUAAAAAACUUCAUUUGAAUCUUGCCAUUGGAAAGAAAAAUUUGGAUGCAGUGAGCAUGGGUUUGCUAGAGGGUCCUUCCAAAAACACUGAACAACGUAAGAGAAAGAGGGGAUGUCCAAUUGGCAGCGUAAACAAACUACCAUAUGGGAUAGCAGGAAAAGGGAAGAAUGCAAAGAAAGAUGGAGAAUCUGACAAGACAAAAAGCAAGAAGACCAACCUGAUGCCGAGGUUGUUAGCUGCUGAUGAGGCUGAGGCAAGCACUAGCUCUAACCCCAAGGGGAAAGAGAAGGUGCUUGCUUAAGGUUUCAAAAAUUCAAGACAUUCUGAACGUCAAGCCUUCGCAAGUGGGAGUGAUUUCUAUAUGUUUCUCUAAGAUGUUUCUAGUUGAUAUGUAUACCACAAUUGAGUG